AUGCACUCACAUACCCAUCAUGUUCCCUCCUCGAAUUCUGGUAGCAGCCGUAAGGCGUGGAUUGACCCCGCCUCACUGCCCAACCAAGGAGACAUUAGUUCGGUCUCUGGCAACGCGCCAGACUACGUGAAGCAGCUCAACUACAACACAUACUAUUCUUAUGGCGUCGGUGGGGAAGACAGUUUCGGUCAUAAAGUUGGAAAGGAGGUCAAGUUCGUCGAUGUGAACAUCAACAGGAAACUUGACCGUCAAGAAAGGUUGGAAGCAACAACUGUCGCAGAGGUCGUUGUCAAUAAAUACAUGUUAAAUGGAGCCGGGAUGCUGCAUGGUGGAUGCAUCGCUUACCUCAUUGACAAUUGCUGCAGUACACCCCUUGUCGUCCUCGGAUUAGUUCAAAACAUCAAUGGGGUUGGUGUUACCCAGGCCAUGAAUGUUCUAUUUCACUCUCCCGCACCACUAGGGACAUGUCUACAAAUCAGAAGCACGUCUGUUUCCCUAGGUGGCCGGAUUAUGACAUCGAGAUGCGAGAUACUAGAUAAACAUACGGGAAGGACUGUAGCCUCUGCAUUCCUGAAUAAAAUGCAGCCCAAUUCGACGAAGCUAUGA